AUAGCUAUGUGCUGAGUUGCUUCUUUCUUCAAAUCAUAAAUGAAAUACAUUCUCUCUGAGGUGAUAAAAAAUGUGCUUCCUGAUUGCUCCAGCCUGUUUCUCUGACAUGGAUUCAAACGCUCUGUGCCUGCCUUCCUCCUUUUCAACUUACUAAAACCCAUGGAGUCGCAAAUCUAAUCUCCAAGCUGGCAUGGUGCUGAGGGGAUGAGGCACUGCAGAUAUCUGAGGGCAGAUAAUCCUGUUUGUCCCCACAGCUGUGGAGGCUGCAGGGAGAAGGGGCAAGCUGUGAGAGGCCCUGGCAUUUGCCCAUCAGGGGAAGGACGAGCCGUGUCUAUGUUGUUGUCAUUCAGCCCAAUGUCUGGGAUUUGGUUCUGUUUCAUCGUUAAAUAAAAGCGGUGCUCUGCCAGGAAAGGUCAUCGUGAAAUUGGAUUUGGGAACAGCCUUUUCAUUGCUCAAUGUGGAGGCAAGUUAUGCUCUACUUCAGGACUCACAGCUACCGCGCAAACAACUGCCAAGCAAAGGAGACCCUCCAAAAUGAAGACGAAGAGGCUAUUAAAGCAGCACAGUGGAUUUUCAAGCCCAUGGGAUCGGAGCGGAUGGAGAUGCGCAAACGGCAGAUGGCUGCGACCCAGGAGACCCCAGGUGCUGCUCAGGCUCAGCACAGCACAGGCAACCGAGGGUCCAACGCCUGCUGCUUCUGUUGGUGUUGUUGCUGCAGCUGCUCAUGUCUUACUGUUAGAAAUCAAGACGAAGAGAGAGCAAGGAGAACAUCUCAGGAACUCCAAGCAGAGGGUAUCCCAAACUGUGAGGAAAGCCCUGCUCCUACUCUUGAAGAAGUGAAUGCCUGGGCUCAGUCAUUUGACAAGCUGAUGCUUACCCCAGCUGGCAGAAACGCCUUCCGGGAGUUCCUCCGAACGGAAUUCAGCGAGGAGAACAUGCUCUUCUGGAUGGCCUGUGAGGAACUGAAACAGGAAUCCAACAAGAGUGUCAUUGAAGAAAAAGCAAGACUCAUUUAUGAAGAUUAUAUUUCUAUCCUUUCUCCAAAAGAGGUCAGUCUGGACUCCAGAGUAAGAGAAGUUAUCAACAGAAAUAUGCUGGAACCCUCCCAACACACCUUUGAUGAUGCACAGCUUCAGAUUUACACCUUAAUGCACAGAGACUCCUACCCCCGGUUUAUGAACUCUGCCAUUUAUAAGGACUUGCUUCAGUCCUUAUCUGAGAAAUCCAUUGAAGCAUAGGAUUUGUGUAUUUAUUCUCAAAACAAAACAGAACUCUGGGCUACACCAGUCCACAGGGAAUUCAGAAUCACUCCAGAGAUUUACCUGAAAACACCUCAGGCAAGUUUUGAGUACAGACUGAGUGAUUUAAACACGCACAAGGCUCUGACACAAUCAGCUAACUCCCAGUUUCUGAUCCAAUUCUGUGUUACUUUGCAAAAGAGAAUGAAGAGAAUGAAAUGAAAGUGGUGGUGGUCAAAAAAUGCAGUUGUUUUUUUUUCCAAGGCAACACAAAGCUCAGACCCAGACCUGAGGCACAAAUGCCAACUGAGCACAAAAAAAAUACAACCCACAAUGGGGUUUGAUUUUGAAGUGGAGUGUUAAGCUUUCUUGUAAACCAGACCAGUUGUCCCAUUCAUGCUGUGAUCAAAGUAAAACCAGCACUGUCACUAUCUGGGUCACACUACAGAAUGUUUCACCUAAGUGUACAAGUUGUACCUGGCAGAGGCACACUCCACUCAUCUUGCUGUGUUUAAUGGGUAUAGAGUGUGCCAAAGGCAACCAGUAUGGCAGCCUCCGGUUUGGGAGAGCGAGCGGUCAAAACAAUGCUGCCGACCAAAACCUUUCGCUGAAGAAUUGUUAUUUUACUACUAGAGUCUGCUGAAAGUGUUUUUAAGUUCCUAUUGUUGAUGUUUAUAAAGUUAAAUUAUCUACUGAAGAGGAAUCUGGGCAUUUCAAUUCCCAAAUAAAGCACAAGAAUUCUCACACGUUCUUCUCUUCCCUUGGCAGGUAGGUGUAAAAUCCCUUCACUAUUGGCUCCAGAGAGGAUGGCACUAUCAACCACCCUGCUUUUGUACAGAUUAAAUUCUCCCAUGACCUGACAGAUCUUGCAGUUUCCAUUACAGAUCCACACAUUUUGAAUUGACAGAUGAAGGAAGCUGGAACUAUUCUGUUCUGAUCCAGCGCUAUUCCAGACUGUCUCAGAGGAAAGCAGCAGCUUUAUCCACUAAUAAACCACAUUCAUUUGCAAUAUCCCCAAAGCAUUACACUUGAUUGCUGGUCAGAUCUCAACAUCAGUUAUCAACAGGGACUGCUAGGAAGAAAAGAAGUUGAAUCUAUAUAACCUGUGUGUAGAUUUGUGAUUAGCCAAACU